AUGUCGCUGCCAGCGUCCGAAAGACUCGCGCCAUCGAGGAGGCAGAGGGCAUUGUCUGCCGCGACGACCGCACAGAACCUCCUCUGGCCAGUCCAAUUAAGCAGUAGCCAUGGAGAUUCCAGUGCUCGGCCAUCGCCGGGAUUGUCUGCUCGUACUGGAGAGCCAUCAGAUCCCAUUGGCAUGCCAGCAAGUCCGUCGAAUGUGUACAGCCAAAGGGAACCGACAAGAUCUUUCUUCCACAGUUCAUUCCGUGGACAGCCAGCACCCCAUGAUAGCCAGCAAUAUGCCCGCGAUGUUCGAGAAGACACAGCGGAGCUUGCUUCGUAUGCGCUCUCGGAGCAAUCUCGCUCGAUGAUGGGCAGUUCGCCUCGACGAAGCUCAUCGACGCAUUCAAAUAUUGGAUCAAAUUUAGAUGCGUGGGGAGAUGUAGACGAUGACAGCGCCACACCACACGUAUCCCAUGGUCCUACAAAACCAUCAGUUAUUGAGGAAUUGUCGGAACCAGGAACUCCAAUGCAUGAGGGUCAGCCGUAUAGGUCCCCGGGAACUUCUGUAUUGGCAGAUAUGCUACGGAGGGCCUCUACGGCUGCAUCUCCACCGGAUGGUUAUAUUGAUUCUGGUGAAGGAGAUACUGCAGAGGAUACAGGUGAUGAAGAGGCCCUGAUAUCUGGCCAAGGAAAGAAUUCGGCACCUGGUGGAGCGGACGCCACGGAGCAUACCCCAUUACUUCGCCAGGUGUCACAAGGACAGAGCCAACGGCCAAAUUAUCUCAGUGGAGGUCAUGACUUGGAGGCACAGCCAGUUCGAAGGAAUAAAUCCUGGCCCAAAGUCAACAAGAUACUCUCGAAGCAGCUGAGGAGAGGGCACCAUGCAGCACGAUUAGUUUCAAGUCCCGAGAAGUGGGAUAAGAAGGUCAUAUGGCAGAAGUCAGUUGUUGAGCCAGCAGGGUACAUCCCAGCCGUUGUUCUAGGAGCGCUGCUCAAUGUUCUUGAUGCCCUCUCGUACGGCAUGAUUCUCUUCCCUCUCGGGGAGCCGCUGUUUGAGAAGCUAGGCCCUGCAGGCAUAUCGAUGUUUUACGUUUCCUGCAUAGUAUCGCAACUCGUAUUCUCGUUCGGCGGUAGUAUUUUCAAAGGAGGCGUCGGCUCCGAGAUGAUUGAAGUUGUGCCGUUCUUUCAUAAGAUGGCCUUCACUAUCCUGGCGACUGUUGGGGAGGACAAUCCCAAAGCUGUCAUCUCAACCACCAUCACUUCAUAUGCCAUAAGCUCUAUCCUUACUGGGCUAGUGUUCUUUCUGAUGGGAGUCUGUCGCUUUGGAUAUAUCGUCGGCUUUAUCCCCCGCCAUAUCCUGAUCGGAUGCAUCGGUGGUGUCGGUUGGUUCUUGAUUGCCACGGGGCUGGAAGUUACGGCUCGCCUCGAGGGCAAUCUCGAGUACAACUGGAAAACAUUACACAAAUUAAUCCAGUUCGACACGGUGUUUCAGUGGUUGGAUAUACCUCAGUUGAGAGAAGAUGGGUGGAUUUUUGACGCACCAGAUGCGGAUGAACCGUGGUGGUAUUUCUAUACUUUAUAUGAUUUCAAGCUUGUCCACUGGGGCGCGGUUGCUGAAAACAUACCUGCAAUGUUUGCCUUGACAUUCUUCGGUGUCCUACAUGUCCCUAUCAAUAUCCCGGCCCUUGCCUUCAAUAUUGGAGAAGAUCAUUUGGAUCUUGACAGAGAGCUUGUGGCCCAUGGCAUCUCCAAUGCGCUAUCUGGAUUUGCAGGGAGCAUCCAGAAUUACCUGGUCUACACAAACAGUGUGCUUUUCAUCAAGUCCGGAGGAAACAGCAGAGUUGCCGGCUUCAUUCUUGCCGUUGCAACUUUUGGGGUCCUUCUGGCCGGGCCAGGGCUCAUCGGGUACAUUCCCGUGAUGAUGGUCGGGGUCCUCAUCUUCGUGCUCGGAUUCGAGCUAGUGUUCGAGGCUGUCUGGGACCCAAGGAAGAAGCUCAAGCCACUUGAAUACCUAACAGUCAUUGCCAUCGUAUUGGUCAUGGGAACUUAUGACUUCGUUGUCGGCAUAUUUGUUGGUAUCGCACUGGCAUUCGUCAGCUUAGUCGUGCAAACUUCGCGUGUACCAGCAGUACGGGCAUCUUAUUCAGGAGAGAUUGCCGGCUCGACAGUUCGUAGGAACCCCAUCCAGCAUGACUACCUGCGCCAGGUCGGAAGACAAAUCCAUGUUACGAAGCUUGCUGGAUAUCUGUUUUUUGGAACUAUUGUUGACGUUGAGGCGAGGAUAAGGAGUCUGAUCAAAGAGGAGGCGUUCAACCAUCGCCCAAUUCGCUAUCUAAUAUUCGAUUUGUGGCAUGUCACUGGCAUAGAUUACUCCGCGGCCGAGGCGUUCAAUCGCUUGAACAGAAUCUUUAGCCAGAAGGGUGUUACUAUUGUCAUGAGUGGCGUCUCCUCAGAAAGCCCAAUUGGCCUGAGCCUUCGGAAUGUUGGACUUGGUGAGGGGGGAAACGAGGUGACCCUACUUCCAGACCUCAACUCCGCACUUGAAAGCUGCGAGAAUGGGCUUUUAAAGGCUCUCUACCACAACAAGGAUGAAAGGAAUGCGCAGCAUGCUCGUAGCGCGAGCGCCUUGUCAAGGGAUGUCAAUGCACGGCGCCUUUCUACAACAUCUUCUCAUCAGCCGUUUCCCACUCUACUUGGCUCCCCGCGCGGCAACCACUUAGUCGUUGCAGCUACCAAGUCUCUGGAGACGGAGCAUGAAAACUCCACACACAAAUGGCAGAAUUUCAAGGAGCCUCUCCGUCUGAUCCUCCAAACCUUCCAGGGACUGACUGAUAAAAACGAGGACUUCUGGUUCCGCGCCGUGCCCUACUUUACUCGCAAAGAGUACGCAGCGGGCACGACGCUUUUCCGUCGCGAGCAACCUGCAGACGGUUUCUACCUCCUGGAAGAUGGUAUACUGAGGGCAGACUACGACCUACCCCAGGGACGAUACUUUGAAAGCAUCGUCGCGGGGACGACCUGUGGCGAGCUACCUUUCUUCUCCGAAACAGAGAGGACGGCGACGGUGAUUGCAGAGCGAGAUUGUGUCGUGUGGCUGAUGGACCGGGGGCAAUGGGAGGAGCUGCAAGAGAAGGAUAAGGAUGUGGCACAGGAGCUUCUACGGAUCACACUGAAGAUGACCACAGAGAGGAUGAGUGCUAUUACAAGCUAUGUGCUCACUACGGCUGGAUAG